AUGACUGGCCGGCAAACAAAUGGCGGCACGCCGAGCACUCCGUCCAUUGGCAAAAGGAGAGGACGCCCUCCGAAGUCGGCUACUAUGGAAAGGCCCAAAAAAUUUCAGUAUCAUCUGAUGAAAAAGCCAAAAUAUCUGUGCAAGGAUUUGGGCGCGCAGGAUGGAAGUAGCACACCGUCGGCUUCGCGAGCAUCCUCACCGCAGGGUAGCGAGGAAAGCCGGCCCUCCACUUCCCGGAGGGCUGUGACCGCCAAGAAGACCAGAGGACGAAAAGCAACACCACGCGGCCGACCAGCAGGAAGAGGCCGCGGCGGUCACAACAAUUCAUCGAGCAACCGGAAAGCCUAUACGUCGUACCAUGAUUCUGAAUAUCACUACGGAUCCGAUUUUGGCGACGAAAGUGAUAAAAGUGAUCCAUACGAUGACUCCAUGCGUUCGGCUAGUGAUUCAGAAGAAAGUCUUGGCCAGGCAUCGGAGAGCGAUUUUUCGAUGCACAGCUUUGUCGUGGGUACAGGAGGGGGCAAUGGAAUAAAUUGUCUGAAGGAACCAAGCCCGGAUCCGAUCUGGUUGCAAGAGCGCGAAGUACCGCCGCUCGAGCUGCCAGAAUCAUCGAAGGACCUCCUGGUACCGAAUGAUAUCGUGUUGCGAUGUACAUCCAUUUACGAGAUCAUCCGCCGCUUCCGCCAUCUGGUGCGGCUGUCACCGUUCCGGUUUGAGGAUUUCUGUGCCGCCAUCUGGAGCGAGGAUCAGAGUGCCCUGCUGACUGAGCUGCACAUUAUGCUGCUGAAGGCAAUCUUGCGCGAGGAAGACUCUCAGCAGACCCACUUCGGGCCGCUGGAUCAAAAAGAUAGUGUGAACAUUGCGCUCUAUCUGAUCGACGCCAUUACCUGGCCAGAGGUGCUGCGAAGUUACAUCGAAAGCGAUGCCAGUCUUGAUCAGAAUGUGUUGAAGAUUCUCAGUACUACCGAGUACCCGUACGUGCCGGCCGAGGAACGACUGUACGUGUUGCAGUUUCUGACGGAUCAAUUUCUUGUAACCAGCACGGUCCGAGACGACAUGACACAGGAGGGACCAAUACACUACGACGACCAUUGCCGCGUGUGUCACCGCCUUGGUGAUUUGCUGUGUUGUGAGACAUGCCCUGCCGUAUUUCAUCUCGAAUGUGUGGAGCCCCCGAUGGUGAACGUACCGAACGGAGACUGGCAGUGCAAUCUGUGCAAGUCGCACAAAGUGACGGGGGUUUCCGAUUGCAUUUCAAGCCAGGAGAAGCAAGGAAUGCUGUGCCGGCAGGAAAUACUGGGAUUUGAUAGACACGGCCGAAAGUACUGGUUCAUUGUGCGUCGUUUGUUCGUCGAGAGCGAGGAUGCAUCGCAGAUUUGGUACUACAGUACGGUGAAGCAAUUCGAGCUGCUACUGUCGAAGUUGGAUCCAAAUGAGAUGGAGAGUGAACUCUACGAGCAAUUGGACGAGGAUUAUCGUGAUGAAAUCGUACGUCAAAUGACGCUGACCGAGGCCAUCACUAACCAGCACAAGGGAAGCAAGAAGUCGUACAUUGAGGUCGACAAUCAACGAAUAGCCAAGCUGAUUGGCCAGUUGGCGGAGACAGAAGGUGAAAGUGAAGGAGGGGAACAAACGGCGAUAACCGACUACGCCGAGGCGACGGGUGUUGGAGAAGAGAAAGACACAGACGGGGCUGAGAAAGACGGUUGUCCUUCGGGAAGUGAGGCAUCGGAUGAAAAUGGAGACACAAAGGAAAAGGACUCAGCAGCAACACAUGAAUCGGACGAUCCGGGUGCGCAUCAACAGAAUGGAGGCAGUAAACACGUUACACGUUCAAAGACGGGCUCCCUGACACCGCGGACUUUCAAUUUGGAUGAUUUGAAAAAGAAAAGCCCCAAAGAAGAGUCGGCCAGUUUGACGGCAACGAAUGGUGCUGCUGGGACGACUGCGGAGGGAAUCGAUCGAUUGACACGGCAGAAGCUGACGCAGCUCUCGAACGGCACUUUGCACUUUAAACUCGGUAUGGAGAAUGGGUACAAAAAUUACGUCAACCAGUACACGAUUAAUCCGAUCGCGCUUAAUAAACCACAGCGCAACGAAGAGCGUGACAAGAAGCGACAUUUGUCGCACAAAUUUUCUCUCACCCAGGCAUCGGAAUUCAAGUGGCUUGGUGGUGGUCUGUAUGCUAGCCAACAGCAAAUCAUAACUACCAUCCGCCAAACGUUGCUCGCCCUGGAGCAGGCCAUUGCGUCUCCGUUCAUGCACCAUAACUGGACACGCCUUCGUAAGCUGUGGAUUAAUGCUAUCGGUACGAGCACGCGGCCUCAGGACUUCGCUCGCACCAUGUGCAUCUUGCAAUCGUGUCUGCGAAGUGUCGUGUUUGCAAGCGUUUGGCACGAGCAACUCGGCCACACACGCAUGUACCGCAUUACGUCAGCGGAACGGGAAGAAAAGAAGAAGCUCGAAAAACGGGAAAAGCGUGAGCGCGACGACGAAGAGGAGCGCAAUAGGACGGCGGUCAAUUUCGUAAAGUAUGCACUUGGUCUGAAGCAUCAGGUUUGGAAGCAAAAAGGAGAAGAAUAUCGAAUCCAUGGCCAGUGGGACUGGGUGUGGCUGUCGAAUGGUCGCCGAAGCAAGCCAACCGCCAUCAGUCGUAUGACGAACGAAACUGUCCAAAUGGUGCUGCCGGUGAUGGUGCCCGAGACCGGUCAGCGUAAGCUGCAGAAGUUAGAAAUGCGUACGUACGAGGCACUGCAGCGUUGCCGAACGGAUGCGGCGAGGCAACAAAAUACAUCUGUCGAAUAUCUUACCGAUAUCGAGGCGUUGAACGGCAAACUCUUGCAAAAGCUACAGUGCAUCGAGUUGGGCGACCAAGGACCGCAGACGUGCGGUACGGAGAUCGACGUAUCGCGGGCGCUCACAUCCCCUCAGGCUCGGAUACUCUAUCCAAAAGUUGCCCGCAAAUGUCCGUUGCUAGAUGGUUUGCUGCAGCGUCGUAUCAAUCUGCGUGACGCCGAAGAGUUGCGCAUUAAGCAAGCAAAAGCCAAGUUAGAUCAGCUGGCAGAGGAAUGUGGAACUGACGAGCCACCUGCGUCCAUUAUAGCGAGGCCCGAGCCUUCGUCAACGGUGAUCACCGUUCGUGUGCUUCCUGCUAGUGAAUGCAUCGAAAAGCAGUUGCACCGAAUCGUCAAUGGUCGCGGCGCAACCAGUGGUGCCGCUGUACCGGUAAAUCCCAGGCCACAUCUUUCGGCGUACCAACAGCAUGUGCGCAAUCGGCAGCACCGAGAAAAGUUGCAAGCGAUGACGACCAGGGCGAACGAAUUGCGUGUUAAGUAUUACUACGUGAGUCGUCAAGCCCAUCAGUAUAAAUGCUAUUCGAUUGAGUGUUGCGCCUCCAGUGAAAAUAAUUCAGCACCGCCCUCAUCCGCCAGCUGUUUUUCACCGCUCUGUCGCCAGAAGCAAAUCGUAAGAAAUGAGCUGUACUCUUUACUCAAACAGAUGCAAGUGCUGGAGAUCCAGCACACCAGUACGUUGCCGGCUAGUGCAACUGGAGCAGCCUCGGUGGCUCCUUCCAAGUCCAUCCUGGAACAAAAAUUGACCGAGGUAAAGAACGAGAGCUUUGAAACUUUGCUCAGCAAUUUCUCGAUCAAUCGGUUCAAAUUAAUGAACGAGGAUCUGGAGCGCUCGAAACGGACGAUGGUCGACUGCGAUGAUAAUAUGCUGACCAAGUUAACGGAAAACGUUACAUUGAAGCAGGAAAAAAUGGAGGAAGGCGAUGGGGUACUGGCGGCAGCGGCUUCCGAGGCGGAUGGGACUGUAAGAGGCCACGCUGAUGUCGUUAAGAAUGAGCAUGUCCUUUUGGACGAACCAUCGUCAUCGGUAGUGAAGGAGGAGGUCGUAUGCGGUACGGAGGAUAACGCAGUAACUGAAUCCGCAAUGCUCGAUGUCACUACGACAGCACUUGUGGCUGUAGCUAAGAAUACUACGGAUGUGGACAGUAGUGUUGAUGGUGGCGGCGCUUGUGGAGAGAAGGAGCCGCUGCUGAACGAAAAUUCCAAUUCUGAUUCCUUCUCCUCGGAAGAUGUGUCCACCGAAUUUGGUGGCGGUACUAGGGUUACUCGAGGUCGUGGUCGCUCUCGUAUGAUGGCCACCAACAAAAGCCACAAUGAAUCGGGCGUUGCAGCGCAAUAUCCUCCAGGGCCCGCUAGUGAUGUAAAACCAAAGGAAGAGGUUGUGGCGUUAAAACCGGAACCUCCAAAGGAACUUGGUUACCUGUUUAUACGGGCACCAAACCGCCGCUUCGGGAUGACAUCGCGCAGUGUAAAGAAAGAAGAAAAUGAGGAAAAAGAGCAAGCACCGGAUGGAAGUUUGCGUGUCUACUCAGCGAGUGGCACGAAAGGAAAGCUGUACCUGAGGAAAACGCUACCACCGGUGACCUUAGAUAAUGGCAGUGGUGGCGAAAAGUCAAAGGGUGAACCAAGAAUAGCGGUUUUGGGAAGUGGAAAACCUCGCUAUCCGGUGGUGAACUAUUUCCGGACGAAGAAGAAAGGAGUUUCAUCAAUAAUGGUGUUGCCGCGCGGCGAGCUGCUGAAGCUGGCAAAACACGGUGGUCGACUAUCGGUGACCGGGUUCCAUCAUCUGGCCAAAAUGAACACCACUGUCUGGCCAUAUCCAUGCUCGAGGCCGCUCUUCAAGACAUGCUGGUUGUACCGAACCGUCAAUCUCACUUCGCUAGCGGCCGUCGGCUUACAGUUACGCAUUCUGUGGACCUGCUUCCGGUGGGACGAUAUGGCUAUGAAACCGCUGACGGCCGACGGCAAGCAUCAGGUGACCACCGAGUCGGAAAUCAUGUCGCUUGAGCUGCUUCGUCACAGGCACAUUGGCAUGUUUAACGAGCGCAUUCAGUACCUGCGCCGGAAGGUGGUCAUCCCACUAGAACUUCCCAAAACUGUUCGAGCUGAAGUGCAAUCGAUACGUUCUGGUUUGCGGAAGCGGAAGCGUGCCGAGUCGCCGCAGCAAACGGAACCCCAGGUCACAGAGGAGUGGAUCGACGAGGACAAGUUGGAACUAUGGGAAGUGAAGCUGUAUGGUGAAAAGCAGGAGAAAUUGGCGGCCGCCUCCGCCCAGCCUGUCACCCGGAACAGCACUGGCAAGUUACCGACAUCAUCUAGCCGUCUGAACGAAUCGCCCUCUUCGUCUUCGUCGUCAGCAGGAUCAGUGAACAAAUCCGCCAAUUCGUCCUCAUCGUCAUCGGGAGUCAUCUCGACCAAAGCUUCGAGGGAGGAAAUAAACGAAAAAAUGGAGCAACAACUCCGCUUACAGCGUGCCGCCCACAAUCAGAAGCGAGCCCUAGAAAUGAAGCAGCAAGGUACGACACCGAAAAGCGGCACCAGUGGUGGGAUUAUUCAUCGUAAGAUUUUGGUCAAGAAUCCUGACGGUACUACCAAAAUUCUGCAUCAGAGCAUUGCAACGUCGGCAGCCACGUCACAAUCGGUGAAACAGCAUACUAGCACCGGCGGUACCACUCCCAAGACGGAAGUUACGCAGAAGGUGCAAAUCAUUCGUGGAGCUGAUGGUAAGGUCAGUGUUCGGGGAUUGAAUCCUGGUCAACAAAUAAUUCAGACGACGGACGGCAAUCUGCACGUGCUAAGCAGCAACCCCAAUUCACCCAAACAAACGAUAACAAAGGUUGGACAAAAGAUUGUUAAAAUCGCUCCCGCCCAGGGAUCUGGUACAACGACGAUAGCAGCGGCUAGUGGAAGCGGACCUGGAACACCUUCGCAGCAGCAACCACACAUUCUGAACAAAAGUGUCGUGGUACGCAGUGCCACGAAUACACCGCAGAAUCCGAUGAAACAGGUUGUGCAGAGGCAAAUUUUGCACAAAGUUCAAACCGUCGCUAGUCCUGUUGUAAACGCUCAAACGGCGGUUCAGCAGAUAGUAUCCUCGACUACAACGCCACAGAAAAUUGUUCUCAACACUCAAGGGGCUCUACAGAAAGUGCUCGCAAGCGGAGGCCAACUGUUGACGACCGCUGGUACACCAGUGCAGAAGGUAGUAACGCAAUCAAACCUUCAGCAGCUGUUGCAGGGUAGUGCUCAAAAGGUUAUCGUUGAACCGACGGCAGCUGCAGCUGCGGCUGCUGCGUCAACUGCUGCCGCCACGUCCCCACAACAGCAGAUCCAGACGCAAAAAGUGUUGGUGGCAACUACCCCGGGCCAGCCGCCUAAGCAAAUAUUGAUCCAAAACGCAACCGCAACAGCGGGUGGCACAUCUCAGCAGAUCAUUAUCAACCAUGCCAGCGGACAGAAGGUGGUCCAGCAAAUUGUUUCCACGCCCAGUCGGCAGAUCAUGAUCGGUGGUCAACUGAUCACACUCAACAGUGGUCAGAAGCUGGUCAGCAACACGCCAAUACAGAUCCAUACACAACCCGUGGUGUCGGUCGCUGCGACUGCCGGAGGGGCGCAGAUUCAAAAAGUGCAACAAAUCGUGACCACAGCUCAACCGACUGUUGCCACAGCCGCCACGCUACAACAGCAGCAACAGCCACAGCAAAUUCAAAUACAAAUCCAACAGCCUGCCUCUGUGGUUCAACAGCAACAGACUACUGUAAUGCAAGCAGCACCGGCAACGGUAUCGCAAACUACGGUUAUAAAUCAGGCGCAAAAUUUGGCACAGCAAUUGUCCAGUGGUAAACUGCAGCUGGCGAACGUAAACGGGCAACAGGUUUUGCUCCGUCCGAUCGGUAACAAUCAGGCGCAGGUGGUUGCACAUAUCAAAACCCAACCUAACGGAGCGGCUCAAAUAAUUCCGGUCACAAGCUUAACCGACACUGCGGCUCAACAGCAGCAGCAACAGCAGUUGCAACUGCAGCAACAGCAGCAACAGUUUCAACAGCAGCUUCAGCAGCAGCAGCAACAACAGUUACAACAGCAACAGUUGCAACAACAACAAUUGCAGCAGCAACAACUUAUCCAACAACAGCAGCAACAACAACAGAUUAGCAACGCCGUAGAGCAAUCGUUGUUGCAAGGACAGCCUCCAGGAACGGUGAUCAAGUGUGUGACCGCACAGGUCGUACAGACAGAACAAGGACCGCGUAUUGUGCUGCAGGGAUUACAAGGGAGCGAUUUUACAUCUCAGCAGUCGGCUUUAGUUCACCAACAAGUUAAACAACAAUUGCUGCAAGCUCAAGCAUCAAAUGGUCGGCAAGGCGUGAUUGGUCCCACGAAAAUCUAUCUUGCUAUUCAACCGGCGCAAAAUGCGCUCACCACUGCGACCGUUGCGCAGCCACCACCGCUGGCACCGGUCCAGAUCAAGCACGACGCAAACUCGGCAGCAAUACAGGUACAUCACCAACAAGAAAUGGUUCAGGUCGGUGGUGGUGACACUAUUAUUCAGAGCAGUGCUUCUAGCGCUGUUGCUUCCACCACUGUAAUGAUCCAGGGCACGUCCGCUAUCGACGAUGGCAAACCGAGGAUUAUCUCGAAUAUCAUCAUCAAUGGGGCCAAUAGUGGCAGCAUUAUCAACCCACUGGUGAAGAAGGAACUGAUCCAGAAGGUGAGCAACAACAUCAGCAAACAACAGCAGCUGAAGACGCAACCGCUGGUAACAGAUGCCAAGGAGCAGGAUGCGGAGGGCGAUGGUGAUGCCGCGGCAGGUGGUGGAACAGAGCAAAAAGACAAAUCCUUCAUCGUGACUGCCGACUACAUUCAGGAGACGAUCAAAACGGCACUCAAGCAGGAAAACUUGAAUCCGGAAAUAACAGAAAAAUUGCUGAACCUGCAGCGCUACCAGGAGAAGCAGAUGAGAACAGAAGAUCGUCCCGAUCGUACGAUCGCCUUACAACACAACUACAGCAACAUGUCAGGUGUGCCCCGGGGAGAAUCCCAUAGUCACAGUAGUCGUGUGCGAAAGCGUACGGUGCGGACCGAUGAUGACGACGACGAUUGGCAACUCGACACACCAAAGCGUGCACGUCCAACGAAACCGGCAAACCCAAAUCAGCCGCAACAAUCGCACGAGCAAGGACGGGAAAAGAAACAAACGAACAGUGAAACCAGUGCCACAAGUACGCCUAGCAAACGGCGUACCACUACCACGUCCUCUGGUCAUGGAACGUCCGUGAUGUCGCCAUUAUCACCGCGCAAAUCCUUACAAAUCGCCACCGCUAGUGGUGGUGGUGGUGGUGGAGGUUCUGAUGAUGCUGUGAUCUCACCAACCGAGGAUAACAGAGCCAGAUCUGAGUCACAUUCGUCAAUCAGCGCGACCAGAAGUAAAGGCGUUGAGAAACGUAAAUUGCCAUUGUCGCCGCAAAUGGCCGCAACAGCGAACAGUAGCACAGCAGCGAGCAGCCCUCAGCAAACCAACGCAGUACAGCGUCAGAGUAAAUCUCAGGCCCAAUUGAAUCGUCACAAGGAACAGUUAAAGAAAGUGAUUCUCAAGAAACGAUCUCAUCUCGAAAAGGAAUUGCAGGUUCAGAUACAAAAGGAACUCUCCGUCGAGCUGCAGGCAGCCACUACGGCUCCGGCCGUCCGGGCGGCGUCAGCGACGGCGAUAGCAGCCGCAGGUUCGAAGUCGUCUCCUACUCUACAACAGCAGCAACAGCAGCAGCAGCAACAGCAUCAACAGCAGAAGUCACAACACCAGCAGCAACAGCAGCUACAGCAGGAACAGAACGUUACAUCUCAAGGUCGACGUCAAACGACGACCCCUGCAAACAGCAAUAGUACUGCUGAUAGCCACGAUGGCGGAGAGGAGCUGCUGACGCUGCCCGGUGGUAGUGGCUCGAAGCAAACGACGGAUAAGAGUUCCACCAUGACGACCAGCACCCGGCGAAAAACGAUCGCAACCACCGGUACAAACGUUGUCAGUUCGUUGGCAAAAGAAACCGUCGGCGGUGGCAGAAGAGGUCAAAAGCAUGCCACUUCGGCGGGAACCAAGGGUGGUGGGAGCCAUCGGUCAGUAGGCGCUCGCGGCCAACCGCGAAGAGGAUCGAAAAAGAACAACAAGAUGCAUUGCAUCUGUAAAACGCCUUAUGACGAGUCGAAGUUCUACGUUGGUUGUGAUCUGUGUAACAACUGGUUCCACGGUGAUUGCGUUGGCAUCAAUGAGGAGGAAUCGAAAGUUAUGACGGAAUACAUUUGUAACGAGUGCAAACACGCCCGUGAAACGCAACAGCUGUAUUGCCUCUGCCAGCAACCGUACGACGAAACACAAUUUUACAUCGGCUGUGAUAAGUGUCAGGCCUGGUUCCAUGGACGUUGCGUUGGGAUAUUACAAAGUGAAGCCGACUACAUCGACGAGUACAUUUGCCCCAACUGUCAAAUCAACAACUCGGUCAACUUUGCCAACAUGAAACCUUUGAGCCCAAAAGAGUUUGACAAUCUAAAGAAGCUUAUCAAACAAAUUCAGCAACACAAGAGCGCAUGGCCAUUUAUGGAACCCGUCGAUCCCAAUGAAGCUCCAGAUUACUAUCACGUCAUCAAAGAGCCGAUGGACUUACAAAAAAUAGAACAAAAGAUAGACAACAAAGUCUAUCAGAUGCUUUCCGAGUUUAUCGGUGACAUGACAAAGAUAUUCGACAACUGUCGCUUCUACAACCCCAAGGAAUCGCCCUUCUUCCGGUGUGCCGAGAGUUUGGAGUCCUUUUUUGUGCAAAAAAUAAAAUUUUUCCGCGAGAAUCUUGUCGACAAGACCGAAGAAGCCGCCAGCAGCACACAGGUGGCGGCGGCGGCGGCUGUGGUAGAUGCGCCCUCUGCCGAAGGCAGCGCUUCCACAUAGUCCUUCCUACCCUCGACGCGAUCGUCCAUUCUGUACAAUUACCUGCAAGGGAACUCGAUUCUUGUGUAAGCUCGGAACGAGAAACGCCCAAAAUCUCUGGGCUAUGCCACGGCAUUAUGCCGAAAGAUCCAUUUUAGUAUGGUACGCUCAUAGCGUAUGAAUGCACUGGCUUAGCAGUGGCUUCUUUUCUGUAAUGUAUUACUGCUUUUGAGGAUAGUUGGUACUUGCUACCAGACAAAGUAGAACCGUAAGUAGUUUGUUGAUAUUUUAAGAUUUAUUUAAAUAUUAUUACGUAACAUUCAAACAAUUCGAAUUCAAUUGCAUUGAUUUUGAAUAAAAGAAGUGAUGAUCACGUGAGCGUUGGUGAAGGUGUAAAGAUAGGAAAUUUUUCAUAUGCCAAAAUCAUCCUAUUGUUCCCGACAGCGAGAUAGAGAAUAGCAACCCCAUCGUGACAAAGAGUUGUAAAAACUGAGAGGAGAAAUCGCAUGUAAACGGGUUAGCUUCAAUUACGAGAAGCUACUGAGAAGAGACGUGAAUGUGAAGCGCUAGUGCGCCGUUUUAAAUGGUGUAAAUAUGUUUUUUUUUCAAAUAUAAGUCACUUGAUACACACUGAGGAAACUAUAAGUAGUUUUGUAACAUCUAAUAGGCGAUCCAAAUCUGCUGAAAUGAGGAACUACGUUGUUCUACGUUUGGCCUGCUGUAAAUAAAUGAUACAAAUUAAACCACAAAACUUAAAACGUCUUACGUUCGAAUCGGCUACGCUGCAAUCGGUUUGGUUACGCCGUUCGAUAUGCGACCGACCGGUAGGAGUUAGUUCAGUUGGAAAACGAACGAGGAGUUAUCACAUGUCGAAAUAGAGAGAUGAUACAAUUAACACGAUUCACCCCUGGACAGACCAGACCGCACGCGCGGUGUAACAAAACCUAGAACGACAAGGUGGUGAUGUGUACGUAGUGUUACCGUUGUUAAGAGAGUUGCAGCGAUGAAUGCAUAUUGUUACAUGUAAAAUUAAUCAUUUCUUAAGUUUCCUUUAGUUUUUUUUUGUAGAAAAGCCCGGUGCAAAAGCAAAAUAUAGUUAAUAAGUGCUUUUUGUGGUCGUGUAGAGUUUUGUGCGUGCAAUAAAACGAAAACAUCUCAUAACA